AUCGGCUACUAAGCAGACUGUGGGCCUUAAAAUUCGAGCUAAUAUCCGAUUUUUGCUCGUCACAUUCCCCCGUACCGAAUCUAAUUGUUUUGAUCGGGCACUUGAACAUUUGGCUUCUGAACAAAUUAUGCUCGUCACGACAGAAUUAAGAGGGGGCGAGAGAAGAAAAAGCGAGCGCGUCCCCCUCCCCUUUGCUAAAGCCGCUACGUAGGCUAAAAUACCAAAUAUUUAUUUAUUUUUAACUCUACAUCAAGUCAUCUUUGAGUACUCGCAAUUUUGCGCGUCACAUUUAGUACGACGUCUGGAUCAAAAUUAGAUUUGGCACGUCAGAAGCGCGACGAAUGAAUCGGGCCUUAGUGGAAACGCGGCUUAUAUUUGGGUUUUUAAUGGGAGGUAACAAACAAGAGGGAACAAUCCCGAUGGGGGAUUUAUGGAUUGACAGGUGGAUUUAUGGAUUGAUGGGUUACCUGUGCUUUAUUUAAGGAACCGCUGAUCACAAAGUCAACACUGAAAAUCGGACCGGGAAAAAUGAACAGAAUCGUAAGUCGUGUUUGUCUGCGCUCAAAAAACAACUUCAAAUCAUUAACGAUUGCACCUACAUGGACUUCUCAUAAACCUAGACCAUUCACAACUGCUGAGCAAGAGAGAGAAAGGCUAGUUAUUCUAGGAACCGGAUGGGCAAGCUACAGUGUACUGAAACAUGUUGACAAGAAACUCUUCGAUGUUUUUGUAAUCAGCCCGCGCAAUCACUUUCUAUUUACGCCUCUCCUUUGCAGCACUACUGUUGGGACUUUGGAGUUUCGUAGCAUUAUAGAACCCGUAAGAAAUACGGGUUUUCGCGAUGAACAUCAUUUCCAGGUCGCUGAAGCUGUGAAAUUAAACGUUGAUUCCCAUAGUAUCCAGUGUAAAAGCACUUUGAACGGUCAGCUGUUCGAUAUCAUCUAUGAUAAGCUAGUGAUUGGCGUAGGCGCUGUUAGCAACACGUUUGGAGUUCCAGGCGUAUAUGAGCAUGCAUACUUCCUCAAAGAACUUGCAGAUGCUAGAAAAAUCAGAAAUCAGAUUUUGAAAAACUUUGAGUUAGCUAUGCAGCCCGGAGUCUCUGAGGCAGAGAAAAAACGUCUGCUGCAUUUUGUGAUUGUGGGAGGGGGUCCCACAGGGGUCGAAUUUGGGGCAGAGCUCUAUGACUUUAUGAAGCAAGAUGUCACACGCCUAUACCCCCAUGAGCGGGGUGAAGUUAGAGUUACCUUGAUUGAGGCCAGACAGAUUUUGCCCUCAUUUGAUGAGAAACUCAGGAGGUUUGCAGAGAAAAAGAUGCGCCAGCGGGAUCAGUUUAAAUUACUCCAGCACAGUGUCACAAAAGUGAAUAAAGACAGCAUUAUCCUGGAAGAUGGCAGUGAAAUACCAUGUGGGCUGGUUGUAUGGUCAACUGGUCUUGCCCCAAGAUCGUUUACUGCCUCUCUUGAUCUUCCCAAGAACAAGGCACAACAGCUGCUUGUAGAUGAUCACCUCAGAGUAAAAAACAUCCCUGAUAACACUAUCUUUGCGAUUGGUGAUUGCUCAAGCAUAGAGACUGCACCUCACCCAUGCACUGCACAGGUAGCAGAACGCCAAGGGCUCUAUUUAGCCAAUUCUCUUGGCCUGUACUCCCAAGGGAAAGGUUCCGAUGUCAAGCCCUUCUCAUGGAAAAAUAUGGGUAUGUUGGCAUACUUAGGAGACUAUCAGGGACUCGCGGAACUGCCUGCGGGAAAGCUUCAGGGAUUCAAGUCAUGGAUCCUGUGGAGGUCAGUUUAUCUCACUAAGCUAGGUAACUGGAGAGCACGUUUCCAGGUUCCAUUUGAUUGGGCAAGAACUUUUGUGUUUGGUCGAGAUGUGUCUCAAUUCUAAUCAUUCUUCCUUAGAAUCAAAACAGGAUUCAGUAGAAUCAGUAAUUAGUAACUACAUAGGUAAUACACAAUACUUUACAGGAAAUUUUACGAUAACAAAGGAUCUCCCUGCAAAAUGAUUUGAGCUAAAAUUUAUAAAAUACCUUGAAAUACAAUGUAUGAAAGCAUGUAAAGUUCGAAGAUUGCUAAAUAAUUAUGAAUUCCUACAUAUUUUUUGUAUGUGAAAUCAAAAUACACAUUGAUCUUUUCCCUUUAUUUACAUACACAGAAUGUAAGUGUAUAAGAUAAUUAAAUUACUAUCUUUUCUU